AACGGCCGCCGGCGUAGAUUCAGACAUCUCGCAAGACGAGGGACUAUUUCUCAUCGAGUUUGAGGGAAGCUGCAUCGCCAUGCUUCUAUUGACGGCCGUGCCCCUCGAAUGGCGGUUGCGCAAACAAAAGAGGGGUCUGAGCGAGAAGGCAAGCCCAGACGCGCCAGAAUCCGUGCCCGCCGGACCCUGAGAACACGCUUGAGCCCCUCGAAAGGGCUAGUAUGCGGCCGACGAAAGGGCAACACAGACAACUUCACGAGAAUCAUACGAGCUGCUUGACAUCCUAUUCACAACACCUUGAGAUGCUCUACUCCAAGCGUUUGGCUGCAGCCGCAGCUCUGGCCCUUGCCCUCUUCUCGCCUGACGUCACAGCAGCCAAGAAUGUCACUGCUGUCACCAACCUCGCCCCCGCCUGCCAACAGCCCACUCAGAUGUGCAUCUACGCAACCAAGGGCGUAAACAUCACCCUCGACGCAGGCAAGGCCCAACCGCUCCCCAUGACCGACACGGGCGUACAUAUCUACGUCCUAGACACAGCUACUGGGGCACGCGGCUCCGCCCAUGGAUGCAACGCCUCACGCGCCUUCUUCAACAUGCACCCAGGAGACGGGAGUCAGGGCACCAAGAUUCUCGACGUCUCGGGCCAGAACAACAACAAUAUUGCGGGAUUCUUUGUGGAUAAUCCGGGGAAAGUGGCAACGCAUGGGACGGUGGAGAGUCAGAGCCCUAGUGCAGACUUGUUCUUGUAUUGCUAUGAUCAGGAUGUUGAUGGCAAGAAAAAUGGAGCGGCUGACGUUGCGGACGCGGGCGUGGAGGAGGAAGGCAAUGGCGACGAUGACGAGUAGGCGCAGACUGGCCGACCGAAGAGGUCACACCAUAAUGUAGUCCCUCCGCGUCUCUUGAUGAGUCGAUCGUUUUUCAAUCGUAUCACCUGGCCUCGACGUCUGACCCUCGUACUACGACCACGAAGGGCGAACAGCCUCAGAGAGGCGACGAGGCGAACAAGCACGACGAUCGACAGGGCUCACCACGUCGGGCCGCCGACCAGACCCCAACGCAAGCCGUGCCGCCGCAUCCUCCAGCCGCUCCUUG